CCACAGUUCGAGAGGAGAGAGCAAUCAUCCAAAAAUCGAUCUGGAACGAGCAGAGGUCUGUGAACUCGAGCUGUGAGAGUGCUGAGACUGUUUGGUCGAUAUCUCGAGUUUUACCAAUCCAAUUAAGGCGUGUGAGAUACCAAAAGAAAGCUCUCAAGACGAGGAAUCCGUGAAGGUCUGGUUUGCAUCAAUCGGAGUAGAGGAAGGCUUCCAAAUCGUCCGAACAGAACGCGACCUCGCAGGAACGGAUUUACUCUUCUAAGAAACGAGUUAGCCGGAAAACACCCAUUCUAGGGGCUGUUUUCGUACUAACGUUUAGGGGUUGAGCUAGCACCUUGAAGAGGCUGUUUAACACUCAUAUUUGAGCAAGGAAUCAGUUCCAAAUCCACCUUGACCGAAGCUUUGACCAUUGGACCAAGAAGGGAAAGUUUAAAGCUCAAUUGAGGUUGAGGCUAGAGCUUGCAUCCUGUGCUCGUUGAUCGGGCGAUUCCUCGGAGAGAAGACUUGAAAUGGACCGUGGUGGCAGGAUUACUAGGAGAAACCCGACUGGCCGUGUACCAGUGGAGACUGGACUGGGCAGUCGAAGGACCUCUAGAGCAUCUGGAGGAGCUGGCCGUGGAGGCCGAUCACAGACCGUGAGCGACGGUCAUGUGAGCACCGAAAACGAGAGCUACUGGUCCUAUGAGGACUCGACCUAUCGGCCGGAAACAGAGCCGGUUGAAACCCCUUAUGAAGGGGAUGACGAUGACGCAAGUGAUGAGGAGGACAACGGCUCCUUAGCGCGGAUUGAGGCAUUACUCCAACAAUAUCACCGUGAGCGCGAAGAGAGGAGGGAACGCCGAAGGCGCCGGGCUGGGCAACCUUCGGGCAUGGCUUCACGAGGAGGAAGUCAUGGUGCAUCUAGAGUCCAUGUGGAACCACGUGGAGGCCAAAAUGAUGGAGGUCCAACCAUAAGGAUCUCCAAAUACAUCAAAGAAGCAAGAGAUUUGGGGUGCAAACCCUUUGAUGGAGCAGGGGACAUUUCAGUGGCAGCACAAUGGAUCAAGAGGCUAAAUGAAGCAGCCCUUGACAUGCAAAUCGCGCCGAAUCUCAAACUGAGAAUUGCGGUAAGAUUGCUCGAGGGGAUGGCAUCCAAGUGGUGGGAUGGAACCAAGAACAAGUACGGUGAGACCGUCGUUUGGGAGGACUUCCAACGGGAGUUCUUUGCCCAAUACUAUUCUGAUUUCGAGGUGAAUAAGAAGGUGAGGGAAUACACCCUCCUAACCCAAGGGGGUAACAUGUCAGUGAAGGAGCUGGAGUACAAGUUCCGGGAUCUCGCCGACUACAUACCGGAGUAUGCUUGUGACGAGAACCGCAUGGUAAACCACUUUUGGGACGCUCUUGACUUGGAGAUACGUGAUAGGGCAACGCAAUUGCCUAAUAUGACUUUCGCCCAAGUGGUUGACCAAGCGUUGAAAGGGGAGAAACAGUGGGAGGAACGGAAGAAGAGAGACACCGAGGAGGCGAAAAAGAGAAAAUGGGAGAGUCAUGGCUCCCAAGGUUCCAACAAAAAGGGGAACCAUGGAGGAGGAUCUUUCCGGGCACCACCACCACCGUCUAGGGGGAACCAAGGCCCGAGUGGGCAAGGCUCGAGGUCACAAACCUCGGUGGUGACUCGUUGCAACAAUUGCAAGAAGAACCACUCCGGUAAAUGUCGCGACCCCCCUAGAUGCUUUCAAUGUGGGGAUGCCGGGCAUUUGAAGGCACAUUGCCCACAACUGGGCGGGGCAAGGACAUCGGGACCAAGUAAUGGCCCGACGGGUACACGGAAUCAACCCGGGGCUUCUCAAGCAAGCCGGGGACAUGGGGGAGCAAGCACGAGUAAUGCGCCAUCCGUGAACCAAGGAAGGACCCAGGCUAGGGUCUACGCAAUGACGGAGGCGGAUGCUCAAGCUAACCCGGAUUCCGUUGCAGGUAUUACCUUUUGUAUACUUAUGUUUUACCCUUGAUUAGUCCAUAAAUUGAGGUUGCUAGUCGUUGGGAUCAUUGCACGAAGCUUUGGGGUCAAACGGAGCGAAAUCGGGCGAAAGACGGCUGAUUUCCGCCAACGCACACCAGGCUGGACCAUACGCACGGCCGUGCGUUGUCCGUGCGUUGGUCCGUGCGUUGGUGGCAGUAGCAACCCGGGAAGAAAUUGCUAUACGCACGGCCGUGCGUUGUCCGUGCGUUGGUCCGUGCGUUGGUGGCAGUAGCAACCGGGAAGAAAUUGCUAUACGCACGGACGUGCGUUGUCCGUGCGUUGGUCCGUGCGUUGGUGGCAGUAGCUCCGUUUUGAGGUUAUAAGACACGCACGCCGUGCGUACCUCCUAGGCACGCCGUGCGUACCUCCUGGGCAGCCCAAAGUCGACUUUUUCGCGCCGUAUUGCAACGUUAAGACCUUUUCUUGAUCCCUAACAUGCGUGUGAACAUUGUAACCUUCUAUAAAUGAGUAGGGAGGGUAGGAAAAAUGUCUUACAUGGUUCAUGAAUGUAGGGACGCUAAAGAUUAAUGGGAAGGAUGCGCGAAUCCUUAUCGAUACCGGGGCGCAACGUUCAUUUGUGAAUGAAGCGUUCGCCAAGAGGUUGGGGGUGCAAUCCGCACCAUUGAUGCAAACCUUAGUGGUAUCAACCACUAGGAGAUGACGUGGAAAGAACUUGUUAUUAUCCAUCUUGUGGGGUGGAGGUUAAUGGUCAAACCUUGACGUGUGACUUCGUACCGCUGGGCAUGAUUGAAUUCGAUGCAAUCCUAGGGAUGGAUUGGCUAGAAAGGAACCAUGCUAGGGUAGAUUGCUACACGAAGGUUCUUGAACUCGAAGGCAAUGAUGGGGAGACCCUACGCUUCGAGGGCGAUCGAGGGAGAUCAAAUAGCUGUAUCAUAUCCGCCGUGAGAGCGAUAAGUAUGAUGAGAAAGGGAUGUCACGCAUAUCUAGCAUACGUGGUUGACAAAACCAAGGAGGAAACGAACAUCGAUGAUGUGAGGGUGGUUUGUAAGUAUCCGGAUGUCUUCCCUAAAGACCUACCGGGGCUGCCACCUGACAGGGAGAUUGAAUUUGUGAUCGAGGUCGAGCCUGGUACCAAACCAAUCUCCAUACCGCCAUACCGUAUGGCACCCGCUGAACUUAACGAGUUGAAAACCCAAUUGCAAGAGCUUUUGGAUAACGGUUUCAUUAGACCAAGCCACUCCCCGUGGGGAGCACCAGUUCUUUUUGUGAAAAAGAAAGAUGGGACACUUCGAAUGUGUAUUGACUAUCGUCAACUGAACAAGGUCACAAUCAAGAAUAGGUAUCCUUUGCCUAGAAUUGAUGACUUGUUUGACCAACUACGAGGGGCAACCGUGUUUUCGAAGAUUGACUUGAGGUCGGGGUACCAUCAAUUGAAGAUUAAGGAAGAUGACAUACCAAAGAGUGCUUUCCGCACAAGGUAUGGGCAUUUUGAAUUCCUUGUUAUGUCGUUUGGGCUAACAAACGCCCCGGCGGCAUUCAUGGACUUGAUGAACCGAGUAUUUCAUAAAUACUUGGACCGAUUCGUGAUUGUGUUCAUAGAUGACAUCUUGAUUUACUCAAAGAGUGAAGAAGAGCAUGAAGAGCACUUGAUACUUGUUCUUGAGACACUACGGGAGAAGCAACUUUAUGCCAAAUUUUCUAAAUGUGAAUUUUGGCUAAAGGAAAUCGGCUUUCUCGGGCACGUGGUUUCGGGAUCGGGAAUUGCUGUUGAUAACAAGAAGAUAGAAGCCAUUACUGAAUGGGAGAGGCCAAAGAACGUCAAGGAAAUUCGUAGUUUCCUUGGAUUGGCAGGCUACUACAGAAAGUUCGUGGAGAAGUUCUCUGUGUUGGCAUCGCCAUUGACGAAGCUCACCCGUAAAGGAGCUAAGUUUGUAUGGGAUGACAAAUGUGAGAAAGGGUUCAUGGAACUAAAGAAGAGAUUGACUGAGGCACCGGUACUUGCAUUACCCAAACAAGGUGUGGGGUACGAUGUCUAUAGCGACGCGAGCAUCCAAGGGCUUGGAUGUGUACUGAUGCAGAAUGGGAGGGUAAUUGCCUAUGCUUCACGACAAUUGAAGAAGCAUGAGGUGAAUUAUCCUACUCAUGAUUUGGAGCUGGGGGCAGUGGUGUUUGCACUAAAGAUAUGGAGACAUUAUCUCUACGGGGAGACAUGUCACAUAUACACUGAUCACAAGAGCUUGAAGUACGUGUUUACUCAGAAAGAGCUAAACAUGAGACAGAGACGGUGGAUGGAGCUGAUAAAAGACUACCAUCUAGUGAUAGAGUAUCACCCAGGCAAGGCAAACGUGGGUGGCAGAUGCUUUGAGCCGGAAGAGCUCGUCUGGGGCAUUGCUAGCUAAUUUGAGGGCAUUAAGAGCCCAACUGGAGGUAACCAGCGAUGGUGCCUUAUUGGCACGAUUUGAGGUGAGACCUACUUUACUUGAUGAGAUCAAGAAGGGUCAGGAAGCCGACGAAGAACUUAUGAAGGUCCGGGAACGCAUGCAAGCGGGGCCGGUGGAGGAUUUCAGGGAAAGAGAUGAUGGUCUCUUGUUAUUUCGUGACCGAGUGUGUGUACCGUCAGAUGAUGAGCUCCGAAAGUCCAUCUUAGAGGAGGCUCAUUCAUCGGCUUAUGCCAUGCACCCGGGGGGCACGAAAAUGUACCGUGAUUUGAAAGAAAGUUACUGGUGGUCUGGAAUGAAGAGGGAAAUAGCCGAGUACAUCAGUCGGUGCCUUACUUGUCAACAAGUUAAGGCAGAACAUCAGCACCCAGCAGGCUUAUUGCAACCACUCUCCAUCCCUGAAUGGAAGUGGGAGCACGUGACUAUGGAUUUCGUGGUAGGCUUACCACGGACUAUCAGGAACUAUGACGCGGUUUGGGUCGUUGUGGAUAGGCUCACAAAGAGUGCACACUUCUUGCCUAUCAACACUACAUACCCACUUGAGAGGUUAGCCAAAUUGUAUACGGAUGAGAUCGUGAGGCUGCAUGGAGUCCCGGUGACCAUUGUAUCUGAUAGAGACCCACGAUUCACAUCACGUUUUUGGCCAAAAUUUCAGGAGUCUAUGGGAACGAGGUUGAAGUUCAGUACUGCUUUCCACCCACAGACGGAUGGGCAGUCUGAAAGAGUCAUACAGAUCCUAGAAGACAUGCUAAGGGCUUGUGCAUUGGAGUUCCAAGGAAGUUGGGACAACCACUUAGCACUUGUGGAGUUUGCCUAUAACAACAGUUAUCAGGCAAGCAUCGGCAUGCCUCCAUACGAGGCAUUGUAUGGAAGGAGGUGUCGUACACCGUUAUGCUGGGACGAGGUUGGCAUGGCCAAACUCGAGGGUACUGAGUUGGUUGAGGUCACCAAAUCAAAGGUGAAGUUGAUUCGAGAGAGACUCAAAGCGGCUCAGGAUAGACAAAAGAGUUAUGCAGAUAAGCGUCGAAGAACCUUAGAGUUUAAGGUUGAUGACGAGGUAUUCUUGAAAGUUUCUCCUUGGAAAGGGAUCAUUCGGUUCCAAACCCGAGGAAAACUUAACCCACGAUAUAUAGGUCCAUUCAGAAUUAUAGAGAGGAUUGGGGCCGUUGCAUAUCGUCUACAGUUGACUCCUGAGUUAGAGAAGAUACAUAAUGUGUUUCAUGUAUCCAUGCUUAAGAAGUACGUGCAUGAUCCCUCUCACGUAUUGGAGAAGCCACCUGUAGAGGUACGUGAGGAUUUGAACUACGCUGUUCAACCUAUCAAGGUCACCGAUAGAAAGGUGAAGAAACUGAGGAGCAAGGAAGUCCCAAUGGUUAAAGUCCUGUGGAAGAGCGAUCGGGUCGAAGAAGAGACAUGGGAAACAGAGGCUUUGAUGAGAAAGCAGUAUGCUUUCCUAUUCGAGUAGAGCUGUGAAUUUCGGGGACGAAAUUCCUGUUAAGGGGGGGUGAACUUGUGACACCGCACCCGAAUGUCCUUGGAAAUUUGAUUUGAAUAUUCAAAGCUUAUGUAUUGGAUUUCUGAUUCCCAAACAUUUUGUAAAAUGAUCAAUAUUCUACGUAGUGCAUGGUUGAAUAUCGUACUGUUCAAACUCGUACAUUAGUGUCGGGUUUCGCAAAUACUUACUCCGGACUUAUUAAUAAAUAAAAGAGCCCAACAUUAUCUAUAUAAGUGAUCGAAGGAUUAAAGAAGAAUACAAAUGCCUAUAACCCCAUCUUUGGCAUUUUUGAGCUAAAUAAUGGGAGUAGGAUUUUCCUUCUAUAACAUCCAUCAAGUAAAUUAUUGGGAUGAGCCUACACAUAUUGGAGGUCAAUAAUGUGAUUUAGGAAGUUGACUUGUUCUAAAUAAAUUAGGAUGAGUACAAAAAGACAUCUUUGACAAAGAUAAAACAAUAGGACCCAUCUUCCCAUUUUUGGAAGUAUUGGUAGAUAUUUUGGACCCCAAAUUGAUUGGGAUUAAUUGGGGGGCAUCCCAUGUGGCUUGAGUACCUGAAAGACAAGGAAAAUAUGUGAGGAGACUCACCUUGGCCGCACCACAUGGAGAAGCAUUGCCCAUGACACAAUUGGGAUCAAAUUUUGGGGCCACCACCACUGUUUUCGCACAAACAGGUGUGCUGUUUUGUCUCCCUUCAUUUUGAGAGUUGUACUCGUCCAAAUGGGGUGUAUAAGGUGUCUUUGGAUAGCUUUUGAAGUCUAUUUUCAUAUUUGAGUGGACACAGUUCGAGAGGAGAGAGCAAUCAUCCAAAAAUCGAUCUGGAACGAGCAGAGGUCUGUGAACUCGAGCUGUGAGAGUGCUGAGACUGUUUGGUCGAUAUCUCGAGUUUUACCAAUCCAAUUAAGGCGUGUGAGAUACCAAAAGAAAGCUCUCAAGACGAGGAAUCCGUGAAGGUCUGGUUUGCAUCAAUCGGAGUAGAGGAAGGCUUCCAAAUCGUCCGAACAGAACGCGACCUCGCAGGAACGGAUUUACUCUUCUAAGUGAGUUGUUAAUCCCAAAACCUUUCCAUUCAUUUUCCAAAUGAUAUGAACGAUUGGUGGAACUAUUAUACACUACUCCAAGUGUAUAAUAUGUCCCUAUUAAGUUAUUUUAUUGAUGUAAAGGUUAGAUACUAACCUAGAACAAAUCUUGGAAAACUAGGAAACGAGUUAGCCGGAAAACACCCAUUCUAGGGGCUGUUUUCGUACUAACGUUUAGGGGUUGAGCUAGCACCUUGAAGAGGCUGUUUAACACUCAUAUUUGAGCAAGGAAUCAGUUCCAAAUCCACCUUGACCGAAGCUUUGACCAUUGGACCAAGAAGGGAAAGUUUAAAGCUCAAUUGAGGUUGAGGCUAGAGCUUGCAUCCUGUGCUCGUUGAUCGGGCGAUUCCUCGGAGAGAAGACUUGGUUCGUGCUUCCUCCGUUCUAUUUGAAACAUUAUUAAAUUUGCUCAUGGAUAUUUUACUAUAGAGCCUGCGUGCUCAUGAAUAGCCCUGUGUGGCUCUUUUGUUUUAAAUAAUGUUUUCCGCUGCGUUAUGAAUUACUUAUUAUGUUUGUUUAUGGAUGUAUAUGUGUGAAUGAUAUUCAAGACGCCUUGUAUAAUAUGAAUGUGUUGGACCGCGGUUGACUAUUCAUAUUGUACGGCGGGUUGUUGACGUGUCCGGAUAGGUCCGGGGCGUGACAUUGGUGAAAAGCCGACCGUUUGAUUUAGUUCAGUUCGG